GGAGAGAACGUGAAAAUGGAUAUAUCAAAUUGUUCUACUUUUAGAUAUAGAUUAAUAUAAAACACUCCAUUCAUUCUGAAAUAUAAUUAUGUUUCAAACUUUAUUGUUUCAAAAGGGGAUCUAUAUUGAACAAAUGUUGUUCAUUUAACUUAUCAGAGUUGAAAUUAAUGAAAUAUUAACUGAAAUGGCUAAAUUAUGAAAAAAAAUAUUUUGAAUGUAUUAUUUUAAGGAAAUAAAGAAAUAAUAAGAUGAAAACAAGUAAACAACCGAAAAGUAACUGGUUGAAAAAAUAUCAUAGAAAUGAGAAAUUAUGUGUUACAUAAAAAAUUGUAUCAUAGAAUCAUGUUCCACCAAGUGGACUUUUUAAAAUGUAACCACGACCAUAAUGGUUAAUAAAGAUGGCACUUUAUUGAAAAAAUAUUUUUUCUUGAGAAAAACACAUCGAAAGUUAAACAUGAAAAAAGAUUUCUUAAAAAGUGGAAUCUCCCACCCAGCCCCCACACCCGACCCACGUGAGAAGAUGUAAAUCACGAUGACUCAGCCAACGAACUCGACAAUAAACCCAUAUACCGUACGCGUCAGAUGUCCAAUACAUUUCAGAGGCAGUAACCUUCACACGGUCGACGCGGAAUUCAAAACUUCAUUCCUUGAUCCAAAUUUCCCAAUGCUCGAGCUACCCGUGCCAGUGGAAUCCCAUUCUUUUGAAGUCUUGAUUGCAUUACUUUUUACCUGAGGUAUCAGGGAGACCACUCUCAAUCAGGUUAAAUAGUGCAAAUGUGAUUUUUUUGUGGAGUACAAAACGAUGAUUGAUAGUCAAAAUCGCAGUAUAAAAUGGAAGUAUCAUUUUCUUGGGUAUAAGCCGCCACCCUCGCCGAGAAAACAAACAAACCGGACCACCUGGCCUGGUUAUAUUCUUCCCCUACCUAACCGCAAACGUGCACGUCUUUUCCUUCUGCUCAUCGUAAAAUCGCCACCCGGUGCUCUUCUUCAACUCCAACUCUGGUGAAAGCCUCAAAUUCAGUAGAAAUUUGCAGUCUUUUGGACACCAAUUUCUCUUUUUUCUUCUAAAUUUUGCAGUAUAUAAGUGGGGUUGUUUGGUUUUGGUCACUGGAUUGUGUCGCAACGAUGUCGAAGAACAUUCUGGUGACAGGCGGAGCUGGGUAUAUCGGGAGUCACACGGUUUUGCAAUUGCUUCUGGGCGGAUACAAGGCUGUUGUGGUUGAUAAUUUGGACAAUUCUUCGCCUCUUGCUAUCAAAAGAGUGCAAGAGCUUGCUGGCGAUUAUGGCCGUAACCUCGUCUUUCAUCAGAUGGACAUACGUGAUGAAUCUGCGCUGGAAAAUGUUUUUUCUUCAAACAAGUUUGAUGCAGUUAUCCAUUUUGCUGGAUUAAAAGCUGUUGGGGAAAGUGUGCAGAAACCUUUGUUGUAUUAUAACAACAAUCUUAUAGGUACAAUUGCUCUCUUGGAAGUCAUGGCAAAACAUGGAUGCAAAAAGCUUGUAUUUUCCUCAUCAGCCACUGUUUAUGGUUGGCCAAAAGUGGUCCCUUGCACAGAGGAGUUCCCCAUUAAUGCUGCAAAUCCAUAUGGCCGAACAAAGCUUUUCAUUGAAGAAAUAUGUCGUGAUGUACACCAAUCAGACUCAGAGUGGAAAAUCAUAUUGCUCCGAUACUUCAACCCUGUUGGCGCCCAUUCCAGUGGCUAUAUUGGGGAAGAUCCACGGGGAAUCCCCAACAAUCUUAUGCCAUUUAUUCAACAAGUUGCUGUUGGAAGGCGGCCAGCGUUGACAGUUCAUGGAAGUGAUUACUCAACUAAGGAUGGUACAGGGGUACGUGAUUACAUUCAUAUUGUUGAUUUGGCUGACGGUCACGUUGCUGCAUUGAAUAAACUGGCAGAUGCUUCAAUAGGAUGUGAAGUAUACAACUUGGGAACUGGGAGGGGUACAUCAGUAUUGGAAAUGGUAGCUGCAUUUGAGAAGGCAUCUGGGAAGAAAAUUCCAUUGGUGAUGGCUGGGCGACGAGCAGGUGAUGCUGAAGUUGUCUACGCAGCAACUGAGAAAGCAGAACGGGAGCUAAACUGGAAGGCAAAGUAUACAAUUGAAGAGAUGUGCCAAGAUCAGUGGAAUUGGGCCAGCAAAAACCCUUAUGGUUAUGAAGGGUCUGCUGAAAAUUCUACAUGAUUUCAGUUAAACCUGUGCCUAAUAAUGCCUAGUAUUCUAGUAAGUUAAAUGGCUUAAUAAAAUGGUCGAUCCCAAUGUAAAUAAAUGGGCAUAUUGCAUCCAUCGAUCAGUACAAUUAUGAAAAAUAUGAACUUGUUUGGCAUUCCUUUUGUAGUUGGAGUUUCAAAUUGUUGUGUAUUACACUAUUACCCUCCAUUUAUUUUGAAGAGCCAUUUUCACCGCGAGUUAUCUAUCAUUCUCAUCUUACAAUUUUCAGGUAAAUUUGGAUCAA